AUGCUUCGCGUCUCGUUUGACGAGAGCAUCCUCGGCUGCACCAAGACUGCCGUUUACGAGAAGAACCUCAAGUGUGCCCGCUGUGGUGGUGCUGGCCGGCAGGUGCUCAAGCGGCCGCGCAGGUGCCCACAGUGCCGCGGACGCGGCUCGACGCACCUGCCAAGCGCCACGUAUCACAUCGAGCGGGUCUGCGGGUACUGCGGUGGCAACGGCUCCGCGCUGCCGCCAAAAUGCGGGGCGUGUGGAGGGAACGGCGUGGUGGUGGGCGAAACGGUGCGCGUCCCGAUUGAUGUCCGUCCGGGUACAACAACAAUGACAGUGUGGCGAUUGCGUGGAAAGGGACAUGAUGGGGUGCGUGGUGGUGCCGCAGGAGAUCUCGUUGUGACGCUCCUGGUGCAGGAGCAUCGUCUCUUUCACCGUGACGGGCUUGAUUUGCACAUGUUGCUCCCCGUCCCGCUCUCUAUUGCCUUGCUUGGCGGUGUCGUGUCAGUUCCUACGCUCCAGGGACCGCAGCCACUUCGCGUGCCUCCCUGUGUGCGAAACGGCCAGCGCUUGACGAUGGAUGGGCACGGUGUACGCCUCGAUGGAAGCGGCAGUGACAAUGGUGGCGCACUCGAGACGGACGCGGCGGAUGGACUUAAGGCAUCUGCGCCACAGCAACAACAACAGCAAAGACAGUGUGGACAUCUUUACGUCACCCUGCUGGUGGUGAUACCCAGGCGGGAGGAGUUGACCGGGGCUCAACGGUGCGCCCUGGAGAACUUUGCGGCUGCGGCAGAAGACGGCAGUGCCACCGCUGGUGAGGAGGAGACACCUGCAUCGUUGAAACGGCGCUUCGGUCACUGGCUGACGAGUAUGUAG